AUGACCUUUGGCAAGCUCCUUUUCUGGCUUUUGUCGUCGCGAUGCCUGGUCGAGGCUGGUGGUGCGUAUAUUGGUGUGACGGACGUUGGUUUUGUUGACUCCGAGGACGAGUUUGGUUUCAUUGGCGGGACCGUUUCGUGGACGGCACCCGCAGACUUGUCCAAUGUCUCCAGCUAUCGAGCAUGGCUCGCAUCGGAUAUGGACACAGAGCUGGCAGACUUUUUCAAGGGCACUGGCAUCAUCAUCCCGGCGGAGUUUGGCUGGGAGCUCCUGCGGCCCGAAGAGACGUCGUUUGACUUUGACCGGACACAGAGGAAGGCACUCUUUUCAGACUUGACGACGAGAUAUCUGCAGGUCUACACAAGCUUCGGGCCAGACCGCACGUGGCAGGAUCGUUCGACGUUGGCACCUUCCUCAAUGUUGAUGAUCUUCGAUGUCGGCUGGACAGGCACAGAGCUUCCGGUACUGUCGCAGGAUGUGAACUUCACUGACAACGAUACCCGCUGUGGCUACCUUGGGGGCACGAUCACCUUCGACGUGGAUCCAUCUGUGGACUUGUCAAUCUUGCAGUUCUGGAAAAUCUUUUUCGCCUUGGACACAAGUGGCGCCAAUGCGACAACUGCCUGGCAACUGCCCAUGUCCUUCAGUGCUUCUGUGACCCUACCCAGCGACUACAUGCACGAGGGCCGAUCCGUUCUCUUUAUCGCGGGUGUGACAGGAAGCCACGAGGUGUUCUUGCCGGUGCAUUUCUUGGACGAUUGCGGGGGAGUUCCGACGAUGACCUUCGCGGCAUCUUUCUCCGACGAGGAUCCCAAUGAAGAGCUCAUUGGUGGCACCGUGACAGUCCACCUGGGUCACGGGCAGUACGACAAGUUCACGGCCAUGCGUCUCUACUUAGCCUUCGAUGCCACGGGCCUCGGUCGGACGGAGCUCGCGUCCGCCAGCCCUUUCGAGGUGCAGUUCUCUUUACCGAACGGUACCCGGCUGGACUCUCGCGACUACCUGUUGAUCUAUCCGGAGAAUCCGUAUGGGCAGCAGGCAGUGCCCAUCGCCCUCUUAGUGACGGACUUCAUCUUAUUCUGGAACUCUGCUCCGGGUUCGUCAUCUGUGGUGCAAUCCAUAGAGUUCAACGACGAGGACCCCAUCUUUCAACAGCUGUCGGGGACCGUGCGCUGGGUUCCUGGCUCGAUCACGGUGACCACGCACUUCGUGGUCUACGUCGCAGAAGACGAGCAGGGAACCGGGAAGGUUCAGGUCAGCCCGGAUGUACCCGUCGAUGCCGCGCACGAAUGGCACAUAUCGGUCACGCUGAACAAAACCUACACGCACCUGCUCGUCUACGCAGCGAACAAUCAAGGCAUCUCGAACUUCUCCAGCGCGGUGCCGCUCAAGGACAACAAAGUCACGUGCCUCACGGACACCUUCUGGCCUUGUGCGCGACACCAGGUGAUGAAGACUGAGGCUCAGCAUCCGUCUGGUUGCUCAGGAACCUUAUGCACCUCCGAGGAGUGUUGCGUGGACGCCGGGCAGUGUGGCGACUUCUUUAACGGCACGCAGAACGUCUCCGAGGUCAACAGCUCUGAUGUCGGGCCGGGCUGCGCCCAGGGCUACGUCGCCCAAGCGGUCCCACCAGAGUACUGCAGCGGCCCUGUGUGCUUCAGCAGCGACUGCUGCCUUCGGCACGCCGAAGCUCCGGCUGCUGUGGCCGUGGCUCAGGCAACCCACGAUGCCGCCGAGGUCGAGUGGAGUGUCCCGGAGCUGCACAAUUGCAUGUUUGCGGACUACGAGGUGCAGGUGGCAGACAUCUCCAACGCAUCGAACUCCUCGAACCUCUCCUGGCAGGCGGUGGUGGGUUGUAGCGACCUCACCGACUCCUGUGGCUCUCGGUGUCAGGUGGGAGGUUUGCCCUCGCAAUCGAGCCUGAUCUUCCGCGUCCGCACGCGCUGUCUUCUUCUUGGAGCCCUCCCCGAGAACCAGACGUUCUACACCGAGUGGACGGAGUCCGCGCCGAUUGUCACGGGACUGUCGCCUCCAAGUGCACCGGAAAAUUUGCUCCUGUCGGCCCACUACGAGACGGAAGUGCUGUACAGCUGGCAGCCACAGGAGCUAGGGCCCGACUGUACAUUCGAUUCCUGGCUGGUGCAGCUGCGGGACAACUCACUUCCGACUGCGGCUGGCCACUGGACGACGCGAACAGAAUGUGCAAGCACGGUGGCAGCAUGCAACAUCCGUGGCCUCAGCUGCAACACCAGCUACUCGAUUCGAGUCGCCGCCACCUGCAAGGAGUCUGGUCUAGUUGGCGAUUGGAGCACCGAAACGACCUUUCAAACCAAGCCUGGCGACGUUUGUCUGAAUCCCGCCACGGCCCCCCUGAACGUGACGAUCUCUGGGCCUGCGACUUCGUCGUUGUCAGUGGCGUGGACCGGAGGUGCUGCCGAGGAGUGUGAGUUUGCCUCCUGGGAGGUGCAAGUACGCCCCACUGGAGCCGUGUGGGUGUCUUCGCAAGGCUGUGAAUCGCUCCAGUCCCGCGACAUCACACAGUGCACUGCCAGCGGCCUUACUUCAGCAACGUCUUACGAGUUCAGGAUUCGCGAGCGCUGCGUUGAGAACAGCACGGACUCGCCGUGGAGUGCCGUGGCGCAGGGCACGACGGACGAGAUGGCGGCUGGGGCACCAGCCACUGUCACAGCGCAAGAUGCCACAGAAGCGUCCAUGCUGGUGCAGUGGAGCCAGCCUUCCCUGAACGAUUGCCGGUUUCAGGCGUACGAGCUGCAGUGGCAGACCACCGAUGCCAGCAGUACAUGGACUUCCGUGGCCAGCUGCGGGGGUGCCCAAGCUUACUGUGACAGCAGCUGCUUCGUCUCGGGGCUACCCUCCGCUUCGUCAGUGCGCUUUCGCACCAAGGUGAGCUGCCAGAGUGCAACGUUGGAUGGGCCCUGGACGACCUCUUCCGCCGUGUUCACACUUCCAAGGCGUGCCGAAAGAAUGGAAGCACCAAACGCGACGGUGCUGGGCGUAGACCAGGUGACAUUAACCUGGCCCCUUCCGCCAAGUCCCGGCUCGCUGACAUUGAAUGACUGCGUCCUGCAGGGUUGGCAGGUGGAGAUCUUCGACUAUGCCUCCGGAUUAUGGUCUCGACCAGGCAAUGGCUCCUGCCCGAAUGCCUUGAGCAACGCAGCGGCUCAAGGUUGCUUGGUAAUGGGUCUGGCCUGCGGCAGCAGCUACCAGGCCCGGGUGGCUCCAGUCUGCAGUGACGCCGCCGCACAGCCACUGGACACGGGCAACGCAAGCACCUUCACCAUGGAUCGAGGCGCCGCAUGCCACAUCCGAGCUGGACGCCCGGCCGGCGUUGUGGUCCUGGCGACCUCCGUGAGUGGCGUGAGGAUCUCUUGGGAGGCAGGCGACUCCAACGACUGCAGCUUUGCUUCCUGGGAUGUCCAUCUGCGCACGGCUUCGGAUGUCUUGGUAGCGGCUGCGGGCUGCACUGGCCUUGCAAGGGAGGCGACAACCUGCAACUCCUUCGGUCUUGCAGAGAACACCUCAUACCAUGCGACAGUGCAGGAGCUCUGUCUGGAAGCCUCAGCUUCCUCGCCGGUUGCUGAGAGCUUGGAGCCAGCCACAACUUGGAGUGUGCCAGCGCCCUCCAUCUCGCUCACGUUGCCCAUGGCCGGCUCCGUCGUCACCAGCCGGCCCUCGGAGUUCACGCUGAUGUUCGACGUGGAUGUGGAGCUGCCGCAAGCAGGGGGCGCUGCGGUGCAUCCAUCGUGGUCCGUCUGCUCCAGGAGUUCAGAGGCCUGUCACGCGACCUGUGGCAACGAAUCCGCGGAGUUGGAAUUCUCCAUCCGUAAUCAUCGCAUUGCAACAUGGCCGUUGAGCACAAGCUUCUGGCAACAGGGCUGCACCUACGACGUGUCCCUCACGGCUGGUGCAGUGGUGACCCGCCUUAAGCCGGAGAAGCCCUCAGAGGAGGUGGCAUGGAGCUUUACUUUUCAAACCACGCCUGCCGAAUUCCUUCAAGGCGCUCAGGUCCUGUCAGUGGCGACCGAGAGCGUCUCCUUCUCAGUGGCUUGGAGCGCCAGCGUUAACUUCCGCUGUCGCCUGCUGGCAAGCGGCGCAUCGCUGGAGUCCUCUUCGCAGUUGGCUUCUCGCGGAGUCCCUUCUGGAGUUAUGAUGGAAGGGCUGCUGCCGGAUACUCGCUAUGACGUCGAAUGCUGGGCCACCCUGCAGGACGAACCGGAGGUGGACUCAGGAUGGCUUGCGGCCGGCCACAUUCAAACGCUGCCAGACUUGGAUGUGGAACUGUCGGGGCUCUUCUUGCUCGUGCAGCCCUUGUGCCCGACGAAGACUUUGGAAGCGUACACGCUGGGUGUGGUGCCUGCGUUGGCCGAGAACCGAACCAACUACACUGUGGCCCUGCCGAAUGCGGACUUUGCCCUCAACUGCAGUGACGAGGAGGCUUCCUGGCAGUUGCGGCUUGAGGCAACGCCUCGGAGCAAAUAUGCCUCCGCGAGCAUCACCUGGGACGACGGCACCUCUCAAAACGACCAAAGUGUGGCACUGGCGGUGCUGAACUUGCCAGCUGAGGAGGUGUUAACCACCAUGGACUUGACCGUCAGCGUGGCUGCUGGCUGUCAGUGCGAGUUUCGGACCUAUUCUGUCCAGGCCAUGGGUCUCCGCCUUCGGUUCGAGAUGGCGACACCUCGGGUGACGAAGGCCAACGAAGAUGAGGUCGGUUUGGAUGCCGUCGAGGAUGGCCUCAAAAUGGAGGUUGUGGUCACCUACAAGAGCGACGCUUUGCCGGCACAGCUGUGGAAUCAGCUGUCGCUGUUCGUGGGACCAUUCCAGCAGGUCACGGUCGCGUCUCCCCGCCCGGAUUUGGAGACCGAGCCGCUCCAGCAGGUCUACCAAAUGAUGACGAUCUUGUCUGGAGCUGGCAAGGAUUUGCCACUUCAGCUGUCAAUCGCCGGAGCUCUGGUCGGGGUUGCCUCGGUGCAGAUCUCCUUUGCACCCCCUUUUGUCACUUGCCUUUCUGCUGUUGGCUAUGGCCAGUGCACCACCAACGAGCGGGAGCAAGAACAGGUCUUCGUCAGCACCGUUGGCGAAACGAUGCUCUAUGCGAAGGGCGGCUUCGGAGGUCAUGAGGAUCUUGCUAGCCCAGGUAUGCUACGACUUUCGGUGACGCAGGGGGGCAACACGACAGAGCUGUGCGAGGACUCUGGUUGGGUGAGCUCCACGGAGAUGUGGUGCCGUCUGGUUCCCAAAGGGGCCACGCCACUGGUGAUGUACGUCCUCGGACCUAUGAAUCAGACGCAGCUCGUGGAAGUGCCCUGGAGCAUUCGCUACCAGCCGCCGAUUAUCGACAACUUCUCCGAGCCUGUCUUGCAGAUCAUGGACGGAGGACAGCUUUACAUCAUCGGCCAGAACUUUCCGGACUUCCCUGGUGAGGAGGCGAGCGUUGGCUACGAGGACGCCGAGGCGGUACGGCGCCUGGCCGGCUUGCCAGGCGCUGGCUUCGGCACAUCAGAGGUUUGCACGAAUGUCGUGAGAGUCAAUCAGACGCACCUCCUCUGCGAGAUGAAAGAGAGGAUUGAUCUCACCGCAGCAAGAUGCCGCGAGGUCGACCUGGUCGUAGCCUGGGGCGAUCUCCGAUCGCAGGCUCAGAGCGUCCCGAUUCUGCUUCCUGGGCCACAGAUCGAUACACUCGAGGACAUGUCACCCGGGCUUUCAGUGGAGGUCGGAUCUGCGAUUCUAUACCAGCUUCGGGGUGUCAACUUCGGCACGGCCGGCAAUGGGAAGAUUCAGGUGAUGAUGGGUGACCGCCCCUGCAACAUAACGAGUCGCAACGACGGCGAGAUCUACUGCAUCGUCGACGGACCCCUGCGAGACGACCUGGAAUCGCUGUACCCGGACCCUCCGAUAAACAGCAGCAAUGGCGCAGUCGACGUGGUCGUUCCAAUUCCAGUUUGGCUGACCCUUGGAAGCAGCUCUACCUCGGCGUCACAGGACUGCGAGCCGCUGGCGGCAAACUGGACUUCUCAUGCGGUGCACUUGCUUCCCUGCAGAGCUGGGCAGUUCCGCCAGAACAUCACGAAUGACAACUGCACGGACUGUGCACCCGGAUGGUAUACACCUGUCGCAGGGCCCUUCCCGACCUGCCUCGCCUGCCUGGAGUCGUCCUACGCAUACCAGUCUGGUAGCACCGUGUGCACGGAGUGUCCGGCCGGCCGGCACACGCUCGAAGCUGCGUCCAUCUCGCCUUUGGAUUGCCUCUGCCAGCCAGGCUUCUAUCUUCCUGCUGCACAGCGCCAACAGGAGCACCAAUGGCGGGAUGAAGCGGAUCGCCGCAGGAGCUUUCCGAUUCUGCCCUGCCUUCCCUGCCCUACUGGGGCCGUCUGUGCUGGGGACCUAUCUCCUCCGCUGUCUCUGCCAGGCUGGUGGGUUUUGCCAAGCGAAGUUCCCAUUCCUUGCACUUUGGCUGGCUGCCUCGGUGAGAAUCAGUGUGACGUGGGCUACAACACCAGGACGAGAUGCGAAACGUGCACCGCAUCGUACUACAUCGACCUCCAAGAGAGUGCCUGCGCGCAGUGCGAGACGUGGGUCCAAUAUUUCUCCCUCGCCUAUGCUGCGGUGUUCCUGGUGCUCUUGUUUUGUUUCUUGCUGCCCUACCUCUUCUUCAAAGCACGUUAUGCUUUGAAUCCUACAAAAGAUGUCGAGCCACCAUGGCUUUGUUUCGGCCUGUGCCAAUGCCUGCUGCGAAGGCUCUGGAGAAAGCGCCUCCUCCAUGGUGCCAAGGGUGAACUAGUAGACAUCGCACUGAAAAGCGACGACCACAAGGUUUGGUCUCUGGCGCGGCGAUUUCUGGGCAUGUUCCGGGGUCUCCAUUCCACGCCUUUGCGCGACCUCGUCCAGGGGGCGGAGCUGCUUCGCGUCGUGAACAUCCUGCUGAACAACUUUCAGGUGUGCUACAUGCUUGCCAACAUGAGCUACAAGUAUUGGCCGGAGCAAGCCAAAGUCCUGCUUCGCUCCGGGAUGCUCUUUUUGAACGACGUGGAGCAGCUGCGCCCCGACUGUGUCAUGCAGCUGACAACAACAGAGCGCUGGUACCUCUUCUUCUUCCUGCCAUAUGGUCUGUAUGUGUGUGCCCUUUUCUUCGUGCUGUGCCACCAGAGGAAGCACAGGGCACGCCGGAUGCGCAUCACGUUAAUGAUCUCGGGCGCAUUCCUGCUGUACCUGUCUCCGAUCCACCUGCUGACUGCGUUCAAGGUCUUCGACUGUGUUCUCUCGGGAGACGGCUCAUGGGUCUUGGACCUCGAUCGUGCCGUGGUGUGCUGGGAGGAUCCGAAUUGGUGGAGCAUGUUCUUUGUGACUGCCGUGGACCUUUCCUUGCUGCUGAUCCUGUUUCUUUUCCUUUGUUUGGCGGUGUUCCACACCUACCGCUGGUAUCGCACUGCUGAAGUUGGUAUGGAGCCCCCACGGGCUGUGUUCCUCACCUGGUGGUGGAUUACCGGCUCACGCGGCGUUUCUCUGAAGCACCGUGCUGCGAUAUGUGGACAUAAAGUCCAUCUGGACCUUGCCACAGACAGCCUCCAGGCUUCCGAGAUCAACUCUCUCUGUGAUGACUUGUUGGACCAGAACAUCGGCGACCUUAAAAGUGGAAUCCGGCGAUUGUGGGAUUACUUGCAGGGCUUCCGCAUCGAGCAUGCUGACGACUUGUCAGCUGAGGCCUCAAAAGACGAGCUGCGACCCGCACGGCCAACCAGUCCAAGGUCUGGCCAGACGGGUCCCGAGGGCCAUCACGAGGAGGAGCCCAGUCGCUUCAGUUGGAGCUGUUGUGGCCGACGUGUGGUUAUUCAUAAAGAGCAGAAGCUGAAAGCCAGAAGUGACCUGCGCAAGGCCGCCUACGAUCGGCUAACGUGGCGACUGGAGAAGCUUCUUGUGGAGUUGAGGAUGAUGAGUUCCUUUUCGGAAACGCAGAUGAGUUUGGCCGACUUGCUGGCAUUCCUGUGGGAGCUCGUCGUCCUGGCGCACAAGACAGCUUUGGGACUCAUUUGGGUGAACACCACGCAUCGGCCAGGCCUAGGCCUCCAACUGGCUCUGGCCAUCUGCGCAAGCUACUUCACGCUCUCUCUAUCGGUGCAGCCGUAUCGCCAUCGAGGUCUGAACGUGCUGGAGAGCUGCUUCGCCUUCUUGAAUGUACUUUGCGUGCUGAUGUCCAUGCAGAUGGAGUACUUCGGGAGCAAUCCCACCUACGAGAACAUCGUCUUUGCCUUGGUGUUCGGCUACGGCACGCUGGGCGUCGUGGUGCUUGUGAUGUGGUCGUUCUUCUUCGCUUGGGAAAAGACCUUCCAGGAGACGUACUACGUGCUUGCGUCGGGGGACUUCAUGUGCCAGGGCGGCCAAGGGGACGCCGAAAAGCCCACGGUACCAGGGAGUCAGCACGAGCUGCGGAACCUUCCGAUGCUCACUCGAGUCGUGCAGUCUUGCGAAGAUCUGACGGAGGUGGAGCCAUGCAAAGCGAGAUGGUGCUUCCACGUCAAAGCUCCUGAUGCCCUGCCAACAGCAAGGGCAAAGCACAGAGCAACCCACGAGCGGUUGGAUCUGUCCCUGGAGCAGGCCCUGGCUAUCACCGUGCGCGACCCGAAGCUGCUUUUGCGGAUCCUGGACGCAGAGGGCAGCGAGGUAGACUUUUCCACCUGCCGUGAGCUGGGUGUGCCCGGAGGUCUAGCCCCGGGAUCCCUGCGCCGUGGCGGCGACCUACGUGGCAGGAUCAGGGUCACGGUACCCUGCGCAGAUCAGAAGUUGCUGCGCACCACUUUGAGACAGCUAGGAGCUUUCCGCGCCCGCUGCAGCGAUACGAAGAACGACGAGGAUGAGCGAUCCCCGAGGAGGAUCUCGACCGUCUCCAGUGCCUCUGCUGGUGUGGAUACAUCUUACGAGGCGGCCCAGUCGACAAAGUCGCACGUCUCCACGGCGUCGCGGCCCUCGCGGGUGUCCAGGGUCUCCGCAACCUGGCCGCCCCCUUCCGCGGAGACGGCGUACACACUGGAGGCCUUGCCUCGGCCGGCAAAGAUCGCCGGGCGCUGGGUGCCAGCAGGGGCCGUGCUGGACGUGAUUCGCUAUGUACCGCCAGGUGCGAGCCUUGACGAAGCCCCGGUAGAGUUUGCAGAGACUUUCCUUGCCCGGCUCAGCCGCAAGCGCUUCGGGAAAGGAGGCGUCCUGCGAGACAGCAGGGGCGAGUUGAUCCUGGAGUUCCAGCGCCCAAACGAUCCGCUCGACCUUCACACAGAGCUCUGUGAGCUGCUCUUGAGUCGCAACGAGGUCCCUGAGGACCGCAGGGAACCGACGCUGGACUCGCCUGCGCACCGUGCUGCAAGGAUCCAGGAGGAACAUGCCCGGUCUCUUCUUACGCAGAAAGCCAAGGCGCUUCUGAAGGAGCUGGGCGAUUUCCUGCUGCCACUGGACCUUCGCUUCGGCCUGCCGACUCCCAGCCUGAGUCUGCAAGUGAGUCCCCGACCGGAUUGGGGCUGUAUGCAGGAGGUGCUGGUGCUUACCCGUGGAUGCCAGCAGUGGAUUGUGCAAUCAAUGGAGAUCCACCACCACCUGGGACUUACCGGCGAGUUCACAGUGAAGCUCCGGCGUCAGACGGAAUCCUUGGGUUUCGCCCCUCGCCAUUCAGUCCUGCAGCUGAUGAGCUCCGCUUUGGCACCCUUGGCCGACGAGUCUGACUCGGAAGAUGAUCCCUUCGAGGACGAGGAUGCGGAGCCCUCGCUCGGAAAGCGAACAGGCAAAGGGUCCAACUCCGAGGGCCACUUCGCCUCGCGAAGCGCCUGGCGAACGAAGAGCGGAGCCCGCCGUCACUCUCGCCGACUUCCACUUCCUUCUUCUUCGCGGGUGGUCUUCAUCCAUGACUUCAGCUGCUUUGGAGGCCAGCUGGAACUGGUCGGCCGGCCAGAAGACAUCAAAGCUGUGGAGAAGGGCAGAUUGCUGGGGCAGCAGGUGUUGUGGCAUCCUCCUCGGGUGGCCACAGCUGAGAAGGCAGUGGACAAGCUUUGGCGCGAGGGCACGGAUAGCACCGACUGCGCUUCCGAUUUGCGAAAGGACCCGCUGCCGGUGCGAGGGUGGUUUGACGGGCGCACGCUCACCUGGGAACAGAGGCCCAUGCGCCAAGGCAUCGCGGAGCACCUGAAGGAGGGUGACGACUGGCUCUCGUCUGGUACUCCAGCCAUGACUCAGCUUCCCGAAGGACCUUGGGUGCGCAUCACCAGCGCCCUGGAGCCAGAAGGCAUACCAGGUCCUGAUUGUGGUCUCUGGACGUACCAGGCUUCCUUCUAUGCUGAGUGUCACGGAGCUCUCCCGGUGCAGUUUCUCGAUCGUCUGGGCGAGUAUCAGGCGGGGCCGGGAUCCACAGAGCUCUUCCUGCGCAGCAAGCGGGAUGCCGGCCCAAAGGCUGAGGCAAAGCCCAGCGGUAACAUGCAACAGGAGGUUGACUUCGGUGACGACUGGGAUUCGGAAGAUGACGAGGACUUCUCCUUGGAGAUCUUAGGACUCGUCGACGUGCCCAAGAAGACUGACUUCCAGGACCUCCUCCCUGCGCCGGACGUGUCAGCUCUCCGUCGUGGCCCAGGGCCAAAAGCCUGA